UAUUAUUUUUAUUUACAGUUCCAAGGGGGAAAGAGAGAGGACUUCUUCUUCUACUUCUUCUUCUUCUUCUUCUUCUUCUUCGCUGUAUUUCUAUUCUGUCUGACUUCACAGUCUUUCGCCUCUCCUUCUUCUCCAUCACAAUGAAUCUUUCACUCCCCUGAACCACCCAACCAUUCCUGCAUUUUUUUUAACAAUCAUGCCAUCUCUCUCCGCCGCCCCACCGCCGCUCACCGUCAGCCACCGCCACCACCACCACCGCCCAAGCCGUCUUUUCAUCAUUCUAGCCACAUCCAUAACCGCAUCGCUUAUCAUUCUCCUCUUGACCAUUUUCCUUCUCUACCGCAAACUCUCCCGCAACCGAACCGCUCCUUCAGAAACCCACCAAGAAAAUCCCCAAAAACUCCCCCGCCGUUUCUCCUACUCCCUCCUCCGCCGCGCUACGGCGGCGUUUUCUCCCUCCAACCGCCUCGGCCACGGUGGUUUCGGAUCCGUAUACAAGGCCGUCCUCCCCUCCGGCCUCUCCGUCGCCGUCAAAAUCAUGGACUCCCCCGGUUCUCUUCAGGGGGAGCGCGAGUUUGACAAUGAGCUCUCGAUCGCCUCUGUGCUUAACAACCCUAACAUUGUCUCCCUUCUCGGCUACUCUUCCGACCGGCGCCGCAGAAGACUGAUUCUAGUUUACGAGCUUAUGCCCAAUCGGAGCCUUCAGGAUGCCCUGUUCGAUCGAAAGUGCCCCGAGCUUAUGCCAUGGCGUAAGAGGUUCGAAAUUUCUCUUAGCGUUGCUUCUGCUUUGCAAUAUCUUCACCAUAUUUGUAACCCCCCUGUGAUUCAUGGCGAUAUUAAACCUAGUAAUAUUCUGCUAAACGCCGAUUUCGAGGCUAAAAUUGGGGAUUUCGGCCUCGCAAGGCUGAAAUCGGAGGAGGAAGAAGGGGAUGAUGGUGGUAGAGGUAGAGAGAUUAUCGGAGAUAAUGGGUCGAUUUUGGAGGAAAACGAGAGUGUUCUGAUUUCUGAGUUUGAGGAGAAUGUUGGUAUGGAUCGUUUGGCUGAUAGCUGUGUGGUUACUGUUCUUGAUUCGCCGGAGAUGGUGGCGACACCGGCUACCGAUAAAGUGAGUUUAUCAGAAGGGAAUUUUGAUAGGAUUAGUGUUGAGGGUGGGAUGGAGAGGAAGAAGGGUGGGUCUGGAAGGGAUUGGUGGUGGAAACAGGAAACUACUGCCAUUGAUGGUUUAGAAUCUGGGAGAGUGAAGGAUUAUGUGAUGGAAUGGAUUGGAAAUGAGAUCAGUAAAGACAGACCCAAGAAUGAAUGGGUUGAAUCUAAAAGCUCCAUUGCUUCUUCAAGUGGGAAAAUGGAGCAGAAGAAGCAGAAGAGGAGAUUGGAAUGGUGGGCUUCUUUGGAUGAAGGGCGAAUGAGGAAGCGAGAGAAGAACAGGAAGAAGCCAAGGGAGUGGUGGAAGGAGGAGUUCUGCGAGGAACUUGUGAGGAAGAAGAAGAAGAAGAACAACAGCAACAACAAAGAGCUCAGCUCAAGUAGUUGCAGAGAUUUAUGGUGGCAGCGAGAUGAAGAUUCAAUCAAUGAGAGGAAGACGAAGAAGAAGAAGAGUAGCAUUGAUUGGUGGUUGGAUGGAUUGAGUGGCGAUCUUAGAAAUGGAAGAAGAAAUAGCCUAGAUGAAAUACCAAAGAGUGGUGGAAUCAGUAGCACUCCUAGUAUGAGAGGAACAGUUUGUUAUAUCGCCCCCGAAUACGGCGGGGGCGGGCAGAUAUCCGAGAAAUGUGAUGUCUAUAGCUUCGGUGUUUUGCUACUCGUUCUAGUUUCGGGGCGGCGACCACUACAGGUUAUGGCGUCUCCGAUAUCAGAAUUCGAGAGGGCUAAUCUGAUCUCGUGGGCUCGACAACUCGCGCGCAAUGGGAAACUGUUGGAUCUGGUGGAUCCAUCCAUUCAUUCGUUGGAUAAGGAACAGGCAUUGGUUUGCAUUACAAUUGCAUUACAAUGUUUGCAGAGAUCAGCAUCGAAACGGCCUAGCAUGAAGGAGAUUGUGGCAGUUCUUACAGGGGAGGCGGAGCCGCCCCAUUUACCGUUCGAGUUUUCUCCGUCGCCGCCGUCGAACUUCCUGUUCAAGUCUCAGAGGAAGGGCGGAGAGUAGGUGAGGUGAGGUGAGGUGAGGUGGGUUAUAUUUUUUAGCGAGUUUUGAUUGAUGUAAAGUUGUUGUGGAAAUGGGUGUUGGUGUGUUUAGGACUCCCAUGGCGUUAAGUUGGUGAAAUUUUAGAAAAAGGGGAAGUGGGAUUAUUAUUAAAAGGAGAGUGAAGAGAAUAGCAUGACCAAAAAGGGGAAAGCUCUUUCCUUAAUCCACAAACUUCAUAACUGCACUCACACCCUCAAAUCAUCCCAUCACUUGACUUUCACCUCUCAUAAAGCUCUCUAAAACGCCAAACCUUUUACUUUUAAAGUUGACAUUUUUCCC